AUGAACAAGUUCCUAGUACGUGGUCUCGGCUUCUUUAACGAUGCGUACGACCUAUUUGUGAUGAAUAUUGUCAACGUCGUGCUCACCGAGCAGUAUGGCAAGGACGUAUACACGUCCAGUAUGAAAUCGUGGGUAUCUGCUGGGGCACUUAUUGGUGCCGUCGUCGGUCAGCUUCUCUUCGGAUUCCUUGGUGACGUCUUUGGUCGUCGUGUUAAUAUGAUCGCAACGUGUGCCUUGCUUAUAAUUGGCGGAACCCUUUGUACCGUCGCCUAUGGAGGUACCGACAGGGGAACUUUAUGGUUUCUCGUUGUUGCUCGCUUUAUCCUUGGCAUAGGAAUUGGUGGAGAGUACCCGCUUGCUGCCUCGUCAACGGCUGAAGACGCGACUUCCGUUGCCAAUCGCAAUCAACGAGUUGCCCUCACCUUCUCGUUGCAAGGAGUCGGCUCAUUAACUGCUGCCAUUCUAGGCAAUCUCAUCAUCCAGGCUCUUGCUGAUGGUGAGAAGAACGAGAACCCUGAUUCCCGUCUUGAGACUGUGUGGCGUUUACUGUUCGGAAUCGGUGUGAUCCCAGCUAUCGUGGUGUGCUAUUGGCGAGUUACAGCAGAGGAGACGGACGCGUACAAGGCUAUUGAGGAGCGUCGUAAUGCUGCUACGAUAAUUGACCCUUUGGCUUCGCGAGCACGUAUUUUGUUCAUCAUUCGCCACUAUGGUGUGAGUCUUUUGGGUACGGCUGGCACGUGGUUUCUGUUUGAUAUUGUGUUUUAUGCCCAAAAUCUUUUUUCGGCUAGUAUUCUCUCUGUUGUUGGAGUUGAAAAUGCCUCGCUUCAAGUCGUAUCUGCAGAAAAUGCUUUUGUCGCCCUAAUGGCUCUUCCCGGCUACUUUGUCGCUGUGUACUUUAUCAAUCGCCUCGGUCGCAAGAUAAUCCAGUUGCAAGGUUUUGCUGUUAUGACUGUGCUCUUCCUUGUGCUUGCCAUCUUUUGGGAGAACAUUAAAAAGAAAGCGGUGCUUUUUAUCAUUCUUUACGGUCUAGCUCUCUUUUUCUCCAACUUUGGUCCCAACAUGUCAACAUUUGUCAUGCCUACAGAAAUGUUUCCCACACCAAUCCGUUCAACGUGUCACGGUGUGUCGGCUGCGGCUGGUAAGGCUGGUGCUGCUAUCGGUACAUUUGGCUUUUCAAUUUGGGUCGAGAAUGACAGCUUUGGUUACGAUGGCGCUUUCUACACGUUUGCUGCCAUCACACUCGUGUCGAUCCCUCUUACCUGGUUCUGCCUGUUUGACAAUGAAAAGGGAUUUGAAGACAUGGACGCUGAGUUUUACAAAAGGGUAUACGCAUCGACUGAUAUCACGCGAGCUUCGUUCAGCUCAGUUGGAAAGGGAACUGACGUUGAAAAGGACGGUGCGUAUAAGAACAUCCACACCCCUCAAUAG